AUGACUACGCCCGUUGUCUUGGAUGAAGAUACUUACACUGAAGCCAUCAGCCGAAUCAUUGAAAGAGACUUCUUUCCAAAGCUCGCUAAAAUGAGAGCACAGCAAAACUAUCUUGAAGCUCAAAACCAUGGUUCAUUGGGCGAGUUGCAAGAAGCUGGAAAGGCAUUACACAACAUCUCUAUGCAGAAAGAGAGAGCUCCAUCCAGAGAGUCGAAUCAGCCCAUCAAUUUCUACAUUGAAGAUGAACCCAACAUUGAAAAGCGAGUAAAUCUCGGCCUAUCUCUCGAUCAAUUCCAAACAUUAUAUACCAGCGAGGACAACGCAUCCUUCACAGAUCUGCUGGAAAAGGCCAACAUCAAAGUAAAAGAGCAAAACAAGUGGUUUUUUGACCGAGAAUCAAAGCAGUUGCGCAUUGCUGAUCAUCCCAAUGAAGAGAGCCCUAUCAGGUUGAUUGAAGCAAACGACAAGGCACCCUCAGGCUGGAAGUACAAGGCAAAAAAUGCACUCAUGUAUUUCCCGCAAGGUAAGAGCGAGUCUUGGAUCAAUGAGAAGGAUGCACGUGGUAUGCCAAAAUCGAUUGAACACCAUAAUACCCACAUCACCACCAUGGAUGUCACCAUCAACAGCACAAUAACACUAGCACCUUCCGAUAUCGCUGCAAAGAAUGGCUCACUGACACCGUGGAGUCAAAUGAAUGGGCUCAACAGCGACCAUUCAUCUUCGUCACCCAACAUCAGAGGCUACAAUCUCGUGGAUGCCACGCCAGCAUUGAGUCCAGAUCGAGUGGGCACACCACAGAUGACAUGGGGUUCAAUCGAAGGUACGCCUCUAUUGAUCUCUGGAGGAUCACAGACACCAGGGCCUCAGUUCUCGCUACCACAGGUGUCGAAACGAGAAGAAUUGGGCAUGAAACUAUCUGAAAAGGCAUCAAAAGCAUACAGAAAAAAGACGAACGAACGGCAGAGAAGUGUGCAGGGCACACCAAGAUUAGGUGCUGGAUUGAUGUCUCCUGCAGCACAACAUCUACUGAGAAAGAGCCAAGCAACACCUCGCGCCCAAAGUGGAUUUGGCGAGGCACUACGAAACUCAUAUGGUGGAUCACCACUAGGAAUAAACAGCCCUCGAACCAUCAGACGACCAGGCGCUACACCCACACCCAUUGGCUUGUUCCGAGCAGGCGUCACUCCACAAAAGAGCACGAUGAUGAUAAUGAAGAAGAAGAAGAAUGACUAG